AUGGCCACCAACAGCUCUUCGCCGAGACCACCCGCUUAUGACGAGGACAGCCGGAGCGACGGCGGAAGGGACAACUGGGAAGACUGGGAGGAUGAAGAAGUGGUGACGCCUAUCAUGGACGACGAGCAGGCCCUCAUCGCCGACAAGGCCGCCAUGCCCAGUCCUCUCAGGCCCUCGAAGCCUACCACCUCCCGCGUAUCACUGUCACGACAAUCCGUCCACAGGCUGAGGAGACUGAAAUCCCGCCACAGGCAGAGGGACCAAAAUGCCAAAGCCGGCAUCAAGGUCGUGACCAACAUGGCCGAGCUCCGUCGUCAAAACCAUCUGGCCAACAGCCCACAUCGCGCGAGAGGCAAGUUUGUGGAUGCUGCCGCCCUCAAGGCACUCGAAGGUGAGCCGUCGUCCGCCUCUGUAGGCAACUGGAACUGGUUCUCCAGGAAGAACACGACCAAAUCCCCUCAAAGCGCCACCACUCGGAGCCCCCUCGAACAGGACCUCUCCCCAAACGAUCGCCCCAUUGUCAUCGGCAUCGCUCUUCCCUCGGACCUAGCCCAGCGUGGCAACGGCAACACGGAUGCCCAUGCACACAUGCUUGCCACACCCUUGGAGGCACCAACUCCCCAUCCUCACUUGCGCCACCCAGCAAAACCGCAGCAGCCUGGAAACACGACCAGCCCCAUGACUCCUUCACAGCAACGGUCCGUGUGGAGCCCUGAUACCCCUGACACCACUUCACCGUUCCAGUCACCUCGACACACAUCAAGCAUCUAUUCACAGGCUACCAGUUACGGGGCACCUAUUGCCUAUGACGCCCCGCCUGUGCCUGCUGUGCCUUCGACUCUCUGCACACUGUUUGAAGAGGAUGGAAGCAGUAUGGCUGUCACUACUAGCAAGACCAACAAGGCAAAGGGUGUUUCCAAGAGCCCUUCCAGCGCUGAAACACAGACGCGGGGGUGGUGGGAUACCAUCGUCACCCCAUUCACCGAGAAGACGAGCCCUCUUCGUGAAGCUCAGGAGUCACGGUUCCCGAAAGGCAGCCUAUCACCUGAUUCACUCUCCAAGCCGAACGCCGAAAAGACUCAGGUUGCACAGUCUUUCAAGUUGGACGAUCCGCCCUCUUCGACAUUUAUACCUGGACUACCAGCAUCUCCAAAGCCUUCGCCCCGACAUGACCACACGCCUAUAGUCAGGAUCCCUACCCCCCGAAGAACUCCAUCCCCCUUCUUGAAUGCGCGUACCCCAUCGCCUGCUUCUUCGUCGAGGUCAGGUACCCCACGGCUUGCGGAACAGACUGAGAAGACGAUGAAUACGCCACAAGGCCUUCGAACUCCCUCAGAUCAGCCCCCGCCAUAUUCACCGCCUAACAAGCAAGACGCAGUCAGAUACCGAGCCGUAUUCCCCACAGGCCAUCCCCUCCAGAGCCUCUAUCCUUCUUCUCCGAACCCUGCGUCCCCUGCGAUCAAUGGAACAAUGAGCUCUCGUGGCGGUAUCUCCUUGACCGACAUUCCACUCACCCCAGCCACAGGCACCUCGACUAUGCCAACCCGACAACCUGGCACCUAUCUGCCUCAGGAACACUUUACGGCCGCCGCUGGGCCCGGCCAAGAGGUCGAGCGCGAGAGGCGCCGACACGAGAAGGAAGAGGUCGUCGCCCGCAAGAUCGGUGGCUUCUGGCGCGGCCGUGGGUGCAUGCCGUCCAACGGUUGUUUCGGUCGCUCUGGUCGUGAAGGUCGGAAAAGGAGACGUGUCUGCCUCGGUGUCUGCUGUGGCUCCAUUCUUCUCAUUGUUCUCGUUGUCGUUCUUUGUGUCACCUUGAUCCCGCGUGGUAAGAAUGUCGUUGAGGUGCCAAGCAUCUUCGUCAACCUGACCGACUUCCCGCCGAUGCCCACGGGCCCGCUCACAGUAAUUGGACCAGACAACUCGGCUGCCAUAACAGGCUGUACACAGCCCACGACGAUAUGGAGCUGUGCACUUCCCAAAGAAGAGCACGAUUCUGUUGCCCCUUUCCGGCCCAACCAGCCAAGCUUCUUCAUGCAGAUCCAGUACAACAACGACACGAGUGAGCCCUGGAACAUUCCCAAUGGCAGCCCCCCGCGACCAGAUCGAGGUCGCACGCGCGAGCCAAGAGGAGGCGGUGGCAUCAUCGCCAGAGCUCGAGCAGCCCUCAGGAAGCGGCAAGAUGGUCAAGCCUUCAAUCCUAGUCCGGCGCCCCCAUCAUUCGAAGAAAUGUACUUUCUGGGUAACACGACAGAUGGCAUCAUCUCCGACGACAAGGCCGGCGAACCGACGCCAUUUUACUUCAGCAUCCUCGACACAGUAAACAGCACGGUUGGGCCAAAUGUGCUCAGCAAGCGACAGGACUCAAACCUGCCGUCCGACUUUCCCGUCGAACUUCCUGAGCCCGAGCUCAACGAGGAUGGUAGCGCGGCGCCAGCCACUUUCAUGCCAAAAUCCUUUCAGCAGCCUAUCCGCCUGUACGACCGCGGCCUUGACACAGAGCACUACGGCUUCUACACCUAUUUCACACGCAGCAUUUACCUGCGCUCCGUCACAGUCCUCAACGGAACGGACCCUGCCCGAGGAGGUGAUGGCGAGAGCAAUGUGCCGCUUGACGAAGAGGGCGGCGCCCGUCUUUCAGAGGCGAGCUUCAUCGUCACCUGGACGCAGACGCGGUUCCUCGUUCAGAUCUGGACGCGCCGUGAGAACACGACGCAGCUGCUGUCUGAGCGGGGUCGAUUUGAUACUGGGUCGGGCGAGGCGACGGACCGGCCGGGGACGAUGCCGUACCCCAUCACCGUGACAAUGGAUACGCACGGAGGCCAGCCUCUUGAGAAGGUGGUGUGGCACUGGAAGGUUGACAGCCGGCAGAGGAUCGACACGAGCGACCCCAAGCUCAUUGCGAACAACAUUGGGUUUGGAGGGACGCUGGUGAACCCCAGAGCGAGAAACGACACUUCGUUUGGGGGCUUUGACGGAGGAGACGGAGGUUGCAAGUGUGAAUGGGUCAACUUCUUGGACAAGAGAAGCGUCUGA